GGCUCAUUGCGGCUCUCUGUGGGUCUGUCUGUGUGUCCGCCAUAGAUGUGGGCAGUCUGUCACAGGUACGCUCAGGAAACUGUGGUUGAAUCACACUACACUUUUAAGCAUAGACACAAGCUUCAGGUGAUAGUCCUUACAUUCUCCCCUUUUGACAUACCCCACCUCAGAGAAUCAUUUCACCAAGCACAGGACUUCAGAUCUCUGAAACAAAAAUCAAAUAUUGGCCAUGAAGAGUUCCCUUAAGGAGCUAGUAGUAAUUGUGUAUCAUGUAAUAAACUGAAGUGAAAUUUUGGCAGGUCAUUAACUGCAAACCAAACCAAGGAAAACCACCCUAACCUAUGACUCACACCAACAGAUUGGAAAACAUGUUUAGCUAAAGCUUUCUUUUUCCAAAAUGGGGGUGUCAAUUGAAAAGAAAAAGGGGAAGUUAUAUGACGACCGCGAAUAGAAAACUACAUCAAAGUAUCACUAUGUUAACUGAUUCAAUGCCUGUCUUUAUUUCGUCUACCAAGCUCCUUUUUGUAAUUGUCUGUGAUAUGGUAUCAUGGUAUCCAUGUUUUGAAAGUUUUCAUGAUACUCAUCUGUGUAUUUCCCACCAACAGGCUUUUCUCGCUUGUUAUCAAAUAAGGCUAGCUCGCAGUAGAACAUACACAAAAUGCUGUGAUGCUAACCUGUAGUCUACACUUGGUUUAUUUUACAUUUCCUGAUAGUCUGUUAAAAGCACAAGUUGGGGGCUUUACAUCUGUUUGGUUUUGUAUUUUCAUUUAUCUAAAAAUGAUAUGUUCCCUUAAUCUUCACGUAAAUUAGUCACCAGUGUGUUGAAAAGCUUUGGAAACAGCAGCACCUGCUCAACAGAAGAGUGAGAAACUAAAGAGAGGUUGGAGAAGGAGGAUGGGGGCGGUUGUCAACUUCCUGUUGUGGCUGUGCUUAACACCAGCCUGUGCCUGUGCAGAGAAACACACACUCCCUAUCUCAAUUACUGCACACUGAACAGCCCAACCACACAAAUACCUCAGUCACUCAUCUGGGUCCAUAAGAUGGAGCCUCAAUAUCUUUAACCAGGAGCCUCCAGCCAUCUCCAACCCUUUUAACUGAGGAGUCUUCCCUCGUACUGCCUGAGGAGACUCAGACAUGACUACAGACCCUGCGGCAGAGCUGCCUUUUUUCUACGGCAGUAUCAGUCGUUCGGAGGCUGAGGAGCACCUGAAGCUGGCAGGCAUGGCCGACGGGCUGUUUCUGCUGCGCCAGUGUUUGCGGAGCCUGGGCGGCUACGUGGUCUCCCUGGUGUGGAACGUGGAGUUCCACCACUACUCUGUGGAGAAACAGCUCAACAGCACCUACUGUAUUGCAGGUGGAAAGCCCCACUGUGGUCCAGCGGAGCUCUGUGAGUUUUACAGUAAGGAUUCAGAUGGCCUGGUGUGCACCCUGAGGAAGCCCUGUCUGCGCUCCCCAGACAACCCCAUCAGAGCAGGCGUCUUUGAUAACCUGAGGGACAACAUGCUGAGGGAGUAUGUACGACAGACCUGGAACCUGGAGGGGGAGGCCAUGGAGCAGGCUAUCAUCAGCCAGGCUCCACAGCUGGAGAAGCUGAUCGCCACCACCGCCCAUGAGAGGAUGCCCUGGUACCACAGCAAGAUACCUCGCCAGGAAGGGGAGAGGCGGCUCUACUCCGGGGCACAGCCAGAUGGAAAGUUCCUAGUCAGAGACAGGGAAGAGUCCGGCACCUUUGCCCUUUCUUUGAUGUACGGAAAAACGGCCUACCAUUACCAGGUCCUCCAUGACAAAUCAGGGAAGUACUCCAUGCCAGAGGGAACCAAAUUUGACACUGUGUGGCAGCUGGUUGAGUAUCUGAAGAUGAAACCUGAUGGGCUAGUGACAGUUCUGAGAGAACCGUGUGUGAACCGCAACAACACCAAACAGACUCCUGUUGUGCCCUCGGGGAGGCGGCCCAGAACAAAUGGAUACACACCGCCACCUGGAGUACCUCUGGGGGGCUCCAAGGAAAUCAAUACUUCGCCCCCCACAGACCGUCAGAUGCUGCCCAUGGACUGCAGUGAAUUUGUCAACCCUUACCAUGACCCCAAUGACCUGAAGAAGUUCUUCAUCAAUAGGGAUCAGCUGAUGAUUGACGAGGUGGAGCUCGGCUCGGGAAACUUUGGCUGUGUCAAGAAAGGAAUCUUCAAGACAAAUAAGGGCCACACUGAUGUGGCCAUCAAGGUGCUGAAGAGUGAGAAUGAGAAGCUGGUGAAAGAUGAGAUGAUGAGGGAGGCGGAGAUCAUGCACCAGCUGAGUAACCCUUACAUCGUCCGCAUGCUGGGGCUCUGUCAGGCUGAGUGCCUGAUGCUGGUGAUGGAGAUAGCUUCUGCUGGGCCACUCAACAAGUUCCUCUCCACCAAUAAGGAUAAGGUCACAGUGGAGAACAUUGUGGGGCUGAUGCACCAGGUGUCUAUGGGAAUGAAGUACCUGGAGGAGAAGAACUUUGUGCACAGAGACCUGGCAGCUCGCAACGUCCUGCUGGUCAACCGACAGUUUGCCAAGAUCAGUGACUUUGGUCUGUCCAAGGCUUUGGGUGCUGAUGACAACUAUUACAAGGCACGCAUAGCAGGAAAAUGGCCGCUGAAGUGGUAUGCUCCAGAAUGCAUGAACUUCCACAAGUUCUCCAGCAAGAGUGAUGUCUGGAGCUUUGGUGUCACCAUGUGGGAAGCCUUUUCUUACGGAGGAAAACCAUACAAGAAAAUGAAAGGUCCGGAGGUGAUCAGUUUCAUUGCCAGUGGGAGCCGGAUGGAAUGUCCGUCUGGAUGUCCAGAUAGAAUGUAUGCACUGAUGAAGGACUGCUGGACAUACAAACACGAGGACCGGCCAGGCUUUGUGAAGGUGGAGGAGCGCAUGCGAGUCUUUUAUUACUCCAUAUCCAACAAAACUCCGCCUGAGGUGACCGCAGACGCUGCUGAGCCUCUCAAGUAGACCAGGGACAACAGACACUCUGUCCCCCUGCCAUACAAUGCAUUCUUUAAUAUAGACAAAGAGCUUCUUAUGAACUAGUCUGGGCACUAGCUGACAGCUUCAGCAACAGGCAGCUACAGUAAACAGCUAAACAAGCCUUAUAUACACAAAUGUGAGUUUGUAAUUAAAGUCAUUCUUGAGAGGAUGCUCCUCUUCUGAAAGGUAGCUCAAGACUGCAUCAUCUGAGGUUUGGAAUAGUUUGAAAGAAACGCUUCAUAAAGAAUUGUGCAUGGUAAAACUGCAUUUUGAAAGUGUAAUGUUUCCUUGAGAGUACUUAUACUAUAGGUCUAGUGUGAAUUAUAUUUAAGUGCUCCAGCACUGUAUACAUUCCUUAAUAUGUCAUGAUUAAACAUUUUCACAGAA